AUGUCAUCACCUUGCACAGUGAGCACUGAGCAAGUCAAAGCAACACGAGCAUGGGUAGAAGCUUUUUUUAAAGAAUAUGAUUCACCGGAUAUUCAAGGACAUAAAGAAAUAUGUGAUUAUGUAAAAGAAGAGCAUGCUCAAAUACCGAUUAUAAGACAUGACAUUAAUUAUGUACAUGUUUUACCUGAUCGAAUUUAUGUACAAAAGGAUUCAACUGGCAUUGCUACGAAUGAUCCUGAACGAAAAGAAAUUACAGCUAAAUUAUUUUGUGUAUUUUGGAAGAAGAUUAAUGAAGACAAAUUAACAUCAUUAGAUAUUUAUUUUGAUGCAAUUCAUCUUCCCGAAAAUCUUGAAGAAUUGACUCAUUAUCAAGUUCGUCUUCGUCUGUGGACCAGUGCAUCCGAAACAGCAACACCAUGGACUUCGUGGAUUCCAUUUCGAACAUCAAUGUAUAAUUUUCAUCAAUACUUAAUGGACCAUAAUGAUGAAGUUAAUUGGAUUGGUUCAACUCAAAUAUACAUGAAUGAAUUACGAAAAGAAUUCAAUGUUCCAAAUACAAGUCCAAUUCGAUCGGCCACUAUUUUCAUUUCGGGUAUUGGUUAUUAUGAAAUGUAUUUGAAUGGUGAUAAUAUUGAUCCUAGUCGAAAAUUGGAUCCUGGAUGGACCACUUAUCAAAAAAGAACACUCUUCGCUUCUUAUGAUGUGACCUUCAAGAUCAAAGUCGGUAUGAAUGCUGUCGGUGUGAAAUUAGGCAAUGGUUGGUACAGUCAGGAACAAUAUUUGCUACCGUCAAUACCUGAACUUAACUAUGGUCCACCACGUCUGAUGUUUGUUUUACAUAUUAUCUUCGAAAACUCUGAUCAAAUGAACGUUUACAGUGAUCAAACAUGGAAAGGUCGACAAGGAUCGAUUAUUCAUGAUAGUGUUUACAAUGGUGAAACAGUUGAUGCUCGUUAUGAUCGUUCUAACUGGGCACAAGUAGGAUUCAAUGAUUCAUUAUCUCUUUGGAUCACACCAGAAAUCCUUCCAUCGCCGGUGAAUAUCACCGCCAAUGGACAACUAACUCUUCAAGACAUGCCACCGAUUCGAGCGGGACUCGAUGCUCUGCAUUUCGAAGUGGAACAUGGUGUUGAUGAGAAAAAAAGCUAUUUAUCGAAGGAAGAAAUCGGAAACAUUUUUGGUGCCUCAUUGAAAGACGGAGGAAUCUUGAAACCGAUCAGUGUCUCGACACCUUUCUUCAAUGUUCAUACAAUCGAUAUGGGACAAAAUAUGGUCGGUUGGUGUCGAUUCAAAUUCCGUGGGCCACGUGGUGUAGGUAUUCACAUUCGCCAUGCCGAAGUUUUAUCUCAACCGAUCGUCUCCACAGGUCAAUCCGAUGGUGGACUUUAUACGGACAACCUUCGUGGAGCAACUCAAAGUGAUACCUAUAUUCUUAGUGGUGAUCCCAACGGUGAAAUUUAUGAACCACGAUUUACGGUUCAUGGUUUUCGUUACAUAACGGUUUUUGGUUCACCCACUCCAUUAUUGAUCAAUGAUGUCGAAUGUCUCGUUGUUCAUAGUGAAACCACAGUCAAAGGACAUUUCUCUUCCAGUAAUCCUGUGAUCAAUCAAAUUCAACAUAACAUCUUAUGGGGUCAAUUGGGUAACUCAAUGUCGCUACCCACCGACUGUCCACAACGUGAUGAACGUAAAGGAUGGAUGGGUGAUGCUGCUCUAUCAGUCAAUGAAGCUCUGUACAACUUUGAUCUGAUUGAAUUCUAUUUGAACUUUCUCACUUUGAUUAUGGACAUCCAAUUGAAAGCUGGUUUCGUUCCCGAUACUGUUCCACUGACAUUCGGUAUUUAUCCAGCUGACCCUAAUUGGGGCACAGCUUUACCAACCAUUACUUGGCAAUUGUAUCGUCAUUACAAUGACAUUCAAAUUCUUCGAGAUCGUUACGCGUCGAUUCGUGCUUAUGUCGAAUCGGUUCGCGAUGGUUAUCGAAUAACAGGUUUAGCUGAACUGAUCUAUCAUUACGGUGAUUGGGUUCCACCGCCACCGCAACCAAAGACCAACGGUCAUCUCGUUGCUUCAUUCGCGUUUCUUCAUGAUGUUUCAUUAUUGAUCAAUAUAUCUCAAAUCCUUGGUUACAGCAAUGAUACUCAAGCAUACACAGCUUUCUAUCAAUGA